CAGCCAGGGGAGCCGCCCGGUGCCGCUGCUGCUGUGGCUUUGGGCCUGGAGGACAGGCCAGGGGUCAGUCCUGCCCACCCUGCUGGGCCUCCGUCCUCCUCCCGCCCAGCCCCACGCAGGUUAAUUAUAACUCUGACCUAAGUGCCCUGUGACACCGCACUGGCCGCCCUGCUAGACCCAGCCGCCAGGUCUGCGUCCGCUAUGCCCCCCACCCACGUGCCCCUGGCCCUGGGCUCCGUGCUGCUGCUGCUGCUACAGCUGCUGUCCCCCACAUCUGCCUUCUUCCCCAACAUCUGGAGCCUCCUGGCCGCCCCUGGCUCUGUCACCCACCAGGACCUGACGGAGGCGGCGGCUCUCAAUGUCACUCUGCAGCUCCUCCUGGAGCGGCCGCCCCCGGGCCGGCCCCCCCUUCGUCUUGAGGACUUCCUGGGCCGCACCCUCCUCGCCGAUGACCUCUUUGCCUCCUACUUCGGACCUGGGUCCCCUUCCCGGCGGUUCCGAGCAGCCUUAGGCGAGGUGUCUCGUGCCAAUGCAGCCCAGGACUUCCUGCCAACUUCCAGGAACGACCCUGACUUGCACUUUGAUGCCGAGCGGCUGGGCCAGGGGCGCACACGCCUGGUGGGGGCUCUGAGGGAGGCCCUUCAUGGGCAGAGGGCCCUUCACUGCCAGUCUUCCCGUCUCCCGGGUGGCGCCUUCUUGACCAGGCCUCUGGAAGGGACCGGGGCCCUGUCUGCCAAGGCCCUGAGCCACCCCCUGGUCCCCGCGUCCACACGGCAGGUGAGGGCUGGCAGCCGAGACAGCCAGUGCCGUCCCUCUCCUUCCCCGGAGCAGGACUUCUACAGUCACAGCAACUGGGUGGAGCUGGGGCAGCAGCGGCCACACCCGCACCUCCUCUGGCCACGGCAGGAGCUGGGGAGCCUGGCACAAGUGGGAGAUCCUACCUGCGCAGAUUGUGAGGAGCUGAGCUGCCCUGGGAAUCUGCUGGGUUUCACACGCCUCACCUCUGGCUACUUUGGAACUUAUCCCUCCAAGCCUCCAGGAAAAUGCAGCCACGGGGGCCGUUUUGACCAGAGCAGCUCUCAGCCACCCCGGGGAGGCAUCAACAAGGACAGCACAGCCCCGGGCUUCUCCCCCCACCACACGCUCCACCUCCAGGCUGCAGAACUGGCCCUUCUGGCCUCCAUCCAGGCCUUCGGGCUCCUGCGGAGCCGCCUGGGGGACCGGGGCUUCUCCAGGCUGCUGGACAUCACCCCUGCCUCCAGCCUGAGCUUUGUGCUGGACACCACGGGCAGCAUGGGCGAGGAGAUCAACGCCGCCAAGAUCCAGGCUCGCCACAUUGUGGAGCAGCGGCGGGGCGGCCCCAUGGAGCCCGCCCACUACGUGCUGGUGCCUUUCCACGACCCAGGGUUUGGCCCUGUCUUUACCACCAGUGACCCUGACAGCUUCUGGCAGCAACUCAAUGAGAUCCAGGCCGUGGGAGGCGGAGACGAGCCUGAGAUGAGCCUGUCAGCCCUGGAGCUGGCCCUGCUGCACACCCCUCCACUCUCAGACAUCUUUGUCUUCACGGACGCCUCCCCCAAGGAUGCCUUUCUCACCCACCGCGUGGAAGCCCUGGCUCAGGAGCGACGCUGCAGAGUCACAUUCCUGGUGACUGAAGACCCGUCGCGGGCUCAGCGCCGCGUCCGGCGUGAGGUCUUGUCCCCGCUGCGCUUUGAGCCUUAUGAAGUGGUGGCCCUGGCCUCUGGAGGCGAGGUGAUCUUCACCAAAGAUCAGCACAUUCGCGACGUGGCAACUGUUGUUGGGGACAGCACGGCCGACCUGGUGGCCCUGCCCCUGGAGCCCCCGGUGCUGGUGCCUGGGAGGCCGCUUGUGUUCACUGUCGAUGGGCUGCUCCGGAGGGUAACGGUCCGGAUCCACGGGGAGGUCCGCAGCUUCUGGAUCAGGAACCCUGCAGGGGUCUCCCAGGGCCAGGAGGAAGGCCAGGGCUCUCUGGGCCACACUCGCCGCUUUGGGCAGUUCUGGAUGGUGAGCAUGAAUGACCCCCCACAGACAGGGACCUGGGAGAUCCAGGUCACAGCUGAGGGCAACACCCGGGUCAGAGUGCAAGCUCAGCCGGCGCUGGACUUCGUCUUCCACUUUGGGAUCCCCGUGGAGGACGGCCCCCACCCUGGCCUCUACCCCGUGACCCAGCCAGUUGCAGGUCUCCGGACCCAGCUGCUGGUUGAGGUGACAGGGCUGCGCCCCGGCAGCCGCCGGGAAGGGCCGCUGCCCCACUUCUCCCACGUCCUCAGUGGCCCGGCGGGGUUCCUGGCCCCGGGCAGCAAGGCCCCCCUCAGCCUUCGCAUCGCCAGCUUCUCGGGGCCUCGGGAUCUCGACCUCAGGACGUGGGUCAACUCCAGCUUCGCGCUCACCUCCAACCUCUCCAGGGUUCGCCUGGAGCACAACGAGUCCGCCUGGGGGCGCCUGUGGCUGGAGGUCCCGGAGUCGGCUGCCCUGGACUCCGUGGUGACGGUGACUGUGGCUGCGAUGGGCCGAGAAGCCAGACCAGUGCCCCCGACCCACGCCUUCCUCCGGCUCCUUGUGCUGGGCCCGGACCCACAGGACCAGCUCGCCGUCCCUGCCCACUCGUCUGGCCCGGUCUUCACCACGGCCAGCCCCACCCUUCCUCCCUCCCCUGUGGUGACUCGGGGCAGGGCGGGGGGAGGGCUGGCAGGCAACCCCUGGUGGGGCACAGUCGCCGGGGUGCUGCUCCUUCUAGGCCUGGCCUCCUGGUGACAGCAGCCCCUAAAGGAUGGGCCUCCAGCGCUCUUUCCAAUCCCUCCCGGUGGGUGAGGGAUGGCGUGGGCCUCGGGACCCUACUCUCCCAGCGGGGCUGGAGGUUUUCCUUCUCAUGCACUUGUCCCUUCUCUUAGCAAGAUUGGGAUAAAGGGUAAUCGAUUUUCCCACAAUGCACUUUCCCUAACCCUCGUGGGAAGCAAACCUAAGACUGGGGUAGGAGGGUACUAGAAAGUGUUAUUUAUAGAAUUGCUUUUAUUUGAAAUUCUGGAGAAGCUUCUAUUUUAUUUUUGUAUUUAAAUUUGAAGGACAGUUUCAAUAAACAUGUCUUCUCCCCAGAGGGAUUUCAAAGAUCAUGUAUGCACAGCAUAUAGGAGCGUGAGGGCAUGGAACGCAGGAAGGGGAAAUGGAGGCUUUCAGGAGCAGAGAAGGCGCUUCACGCCUGAUGUGUGGACUGCAGUUGGCCCACCACCUGGAGCUCCUUCGCUGUGGAGUCAAGAGGCAGAAUAGGAGGUUCUGUCCCAACUGAGGGGACUGAGGGGAGGCCUUAGACACUGGUAUGGCCCCUCCACCCUUGGGGAAGCCUGGCUGAGCCAUCUCCUCUUUCUGCUGCAUUGACAGCCCCUGGAGAGAGUUCUGGGCAUCUGUGCUCGGCCCUCCUCCCUUGUGCCCUCCCGUUUACCUGCCGCUGCCACAAGCCCUGCUUCCUUGGCCUUCCCUUCCCGCCCUGGAUGGCACAGGAACUGGCAUGUUCAAAGACGUGGGGCGAACAGGGGGAUAUUCGAUGUUCUCCGUUAAACCAGUGUUGACCCAAAUCUCUCUACCCCAGCCUCUCAAAAGCCUCAGCUGAAAACAAUAAACACCUUCCCCGGAGUCAGAGUCUCAAA